AUGAGAGUCAAUGUUGCUGCUGUUGCAUUAUGUGCAACCUUGUCUGCUGCAAAGAAUGUCUUGCCCUUGAGGCUUGACUUCAGUGUCCAUAGAGGCACUUUGGAAGCCGAUUCAGUCGGAAAUGACCCUGAAUUCAUCAAAAGAGAUGAUAAGAAUAACAGUGUCUCGUUAGUGCUCGCCAACGAGAAAACCUUUUACAAGACAGAGCUUGAGUUUGGUUCUAACGGUGAUAAAGUUUCAGUGGUGAUUGACACCGGUUCCUCGGACUUGUGGAUUCCUUCAAACGAUGUCCAAUGUUUGGAUACUUCUAGAUUCAAAAGAGACGUGAAAAAGACCUCUGGUUCCAGUCGUGGGUCAUUCAAGCCACUCAUUAAGGACGCCAGUCAAUCCCAGGGCGGUCUCACUCCUUCUAACACUUGUACAUCAUAUGGUUCCUUCGCCACGGAGAACUCGGAUACUUUCCACGUAAAUUCUUCUGUGAACCCGUUUGCCAUCCAUUAUGCCGAUAAUUCCAAGGCUACUGGGGUCUGGGGGUACGAUAAUGUAAAAAUUGGGAACCAUGUUGUGAAAGACCUCCUGUUUGCCGUUGCCAACGUAUCAUCUUCAAACAUCGGGGUUCUUGGAAUUGGUUACGCUAGUUUGGAGGCUACGACCAUGUAUUCGGACCAGAGCCUGUACUACCUGAGCCUGUAUACCCUGUAUGGUGGUGGGUAUAUGUACGAGAAUUUGCCCAUGAAACUUAAAAGCAAUGGGUUAAUUAAGAAAAACGUCUUCUCCAUGUAUUUGAACUCUCCAGAGCUUCAAACUGGAACUGUUUUAUUCGGAGCUGUGGAUCACGCAAAGUACGAGGGAAAAUUGCAAACGGUUCAAAUCGUUGGCAGUGAUGAUGCAUUCUACGAAGACCCAAACCGGAUCAUUGUUGUUCUGAGUGGAAUCUCCAUUGAUGAUAAUGGGAAUGAAAUCACCGUGUCGUCGGAUCCUCAUCCAGCGUUGUUGGACUCUGGAAGUACUAUUUCCUUUUUCCCACAGCGAUUGCUUGACCAACUUGGUGAAGCUUUAGGUGGUACUUACUCAACUUCUGCUGGUGCCUACAAGGUUCCAUGUGUCAAUGAUUCCAACGUCAGCGUGCAGAUCAGUUUUGGUGGAGCGGUUAUUUCUGUGCCAUACGCAAAUUUACUUUUGCCAAUUGCUAGCUCAUGUUAUUUGGGUGUAUUGGCCCAGAGUGAAGAUUCUGACUACAUUUUGUUCGGAGAUAAUAUCUUGACCAGUGCUUACUUGGUGUUUGACUUGGACGAUGAUACCUUAUCUCUUGCGCAAGCCAAGUACACCGACGAUGAAGACAUUGAAGUCAUUUCUGAUAGUAUUCCAAGAGCCGUACUUGCAGCUGGGUAUUCAUCAACCAGUUACAUGGAAUACUAUCCACUGUCUGACCCAACUGCCACAGCUAACGUCAGGGCUGGAUCUUCAACUCUGGGUGCAGCCACCAAUGGUUCAAGGGGCCAUAAACUGUCUCUUGCUUCCACAGAUAUGAAAUUGCCAACCACCACCUUGGCUUUAUUGAUGGGUGCAAUCAGUAUUGUUGCGCUCUUGUAA